CAUCGUGGCUUCGGUCAAAUUUCUCGAACGAACUACCUCGAAGUAAUCCAAAACGACUAUUCAGACAAGCCCCGGCGUUUACUAUACCAGAGUGCAGUGCAGAACAGCAAGUUCAGUCUGUAGCAGUUCGCAGUGGAUGAUCGAAGAGCGACUGCCACUAGCAGAGACGCGCCGACAUAACCCUAAAUUGGCAUUUCGGAGUCGCCGAGGCCAAAGACGAAUCGCGUACGAGGUCAGCCGCGGAGAGUCGGCUUUCACUGCAGGGAUACUGAGGAGGUGUGCGGUGCAGCGAGUAAAAUUACCGAAAAAUUGCUUGACAGCGGCGUGUCGCGGUGUCGACUCGUUAUCGUGUGUCGCGCGCAUGUAUGCAGGCCGAUUACAGUGAACUCUCGGUGACGAGUGAUGCGUCGCACGGAUUUGUUUUUCGCUCGCAUAGAGGGAAAACUAAUACGAAAGAGACAAGGACUGCGCAGAUAAGAAAGGAGUCGGGCAGUCCUCGAAUCCAAGCCGCUGCUGGCCCGACUGCGUUCAGCGGGUCACAUUUGCAGUUGGCCGCGCGCAGACAGACAACUAGACGAGUCAGUCUCUCUCUUUCUCUCUCUCUCUCUCUCUGGCUGGCUAUGGAACGGAGCAUUAGCCUACGCCUGCCGACUGCUAAACUCGAUACUCUCGGCAGCGUGUCGUCGUUCGCGCCUAUAACGUGCAGGGGCCGCGCAGCCGACGAAUAGAAUAGUCGCAGCCAGCCGCCGCCGAGGCAGUCGAGCAGCGAACCUCUCGCUGAAUAUACACGCACGCAUAGUACAAGUUGUUGGUGUCGUAGCCGCCGCCACCACCGCCACUGCCCCCCGUGUGAGAGUGUGAUUGUUGUAUUUUGUGUGUUUAUACGGUAUGUAACUAGUUAGGCUGCACUUGUCCGCUCGGCAGCCCUGCUACGCAUCCAUCGAAUUUGGCAGCUCGUCGCCGAGUGCUCCGUACGUAUAUAUUUUAUACGCACCCACGCAUCGAGUCGGACAGACAGCGCACAAACGAGCAUCUCGAGAUCGCGACCGAGGAAGAUUUUACACGCAGGCGAUUGCGAUAUAUUAUCUAGUAGACGGAGAGUCGUGCGCGGGCCCCGAUCCGCAUCGAGCAUGUGGAGCUCCGAGGCAGGUCUGCUCUGCUGUCUGUGUCUGGCGACGCUGCUGCUGACGCCCAGCACUCUCGGUGAUGGUGCAGUACGACAGACUUACGGACAAAGCUGCGAGCUCGAAGUUUUCCCAUCCAAUUGCGGCGAGAACGAGAGAUGCCACAAGACAAAUCAGACCGACGGCGUCUUUCGCUGCGACUGCGAGUUGGAGUAUGAAUUCGACGGCAAGAAGUGCGUCGAGAGGCCUCGGGUCGUUCCGCCCACACCCAAUUCCUCGCCAGUCAAGCCGGAGGCGGAUCAGCGCAGAGCGGGAGGCGGCUCCGUGACGGCUCUGCUGCUCGUGCCCACGGUCCUGGUGCUGCUGAGCGCCGCCCUGUACAUAGGCGCGAGGCGAUACAAGUGGCUGCAGCGCUUCCGCCAGUUCCGCCAGAAUCGCUACGGCAGCGUCCUGGUGACGCGCGACGACACCGACGACGACGACCCGCCGAUCGCGUAGAAUUACCGGGUGCACUACAUCGAGAACGUACACUGACCCCACCUGCACCUCUGAUGCUAUCCCGGCAAGAGGGCCGUGUACGUGCGCCAGCUCGAUGGGUGCCCCUCCACAUGUGUUCCCAUAUUCGCCAUCAGAGACGCCGUCGAUCUGACGGAAUCCGAACUUGGCUCGCUGCUCUGACUUACUAUGUGUAAAGCGCACAACGAUACUAGAUAUUUCGUCGAAUGUCUCGAUAACCUUCGAUAUACCUGCGACGCCGCAUAUGUCUGCCAUAUCACAAAUUUUCAACCUUAGUCUGGUUGUGCUUUUCAUUUCGUAUCAGUCGACGCGGCUGCAAAACACCGAGUGCGUGCGAAACUGUAACGAAUCGAAGCCAAAUGAGACCGAGUCACACACACACAAACACUGUACAGGAGACCAAUUUUUUCUUGUUGUUGAGGCUGAUAUACAUAGACACUGUAAAGUUUAGCUAUAGUAAAUAGGAUAAUUUCGUAAUUAAUUUUUAACCAAUUCUCGACGCACAGCGACAUUUUUGUCUAUAGAGAUAUGUCUAUAAUGUUUAACGCGGAAAAAAGUUUCGAGCGUAGAGCAAAAAGUUUCGUAUCGGUGUAAAAAUUAACGAGUCGAAUCUGUUUCGCUCGUAUAGUCACACUUUAUUCACUUUCUAUAGAAACUUUUACAGAUAUAAGCAAUGAGUAUCGAUAGAGACUAAUGUUACGAACGUGAGUUUUUUAUAAGGUGUACAUUUUUUACGAAUACUUGAAGCGGUCAGUGAUUGUGACGAAACAACACUACCGCAACUAACUAAUAAUGCUAAGAUGAUUGCUAAACUUUUUAGGCAUUUUUCAAAAUGAAAGUUGUAUUAUAAGUACGCUACGAAGGAAUAAUAUGAGAAUUGCUCUUUUUGUCGGUUUAUUUCUAAGAUGGCCUCUCAUUGUUAUUUGUGAUUGCACUUUUGAUACCGUUUUGUGAGACAACGGUUUUUAUUUUUUGUUAAAAAAAAACAUUUUAUUUCUAAACGGUUACUUUAUUAUCUGUAAGAUUCUAGUUACCGUUUGAUUGAUAUUUUUACAAUCACAAUUCAAAAUGUUGCCGUUUUUAUAUUACAUUAAUUAAUACAAUGUAAAUGUUAUUUUACAAUGUAAAACUAAGUAUCCGAUGAAAAAUAGUGGUUAUUUUAAAAAAAAUUCGCACAAUUAAUCAACUUUUUUAUAGUUCUUUAUUUUAAUUUUGAACUAAACUAUUUGAGAUACUGAAGAGUUAGUUAAUGUCGAAAAAUAAGUUUGAAAUUCAUUACGCCAUUGAAUAUGACUCGAUGAGUAGUUGUUUUAUUUUAUUAUUAAGUAUAGAAUUUGAUUACGGAUUCUUCCUAAUGGCCAAAGAAAGUAGAUUUCUCAUCAAUACCUAAUAAACAAUGGGUUUUCUGCAUAUUUCGAUGAUUACAUCAUUGAAUAUAGACUAUAAAUGUAAAAAUAAUCCGGUCAGAUGAAAUUGAUAUUCAAGCGGUUUUAUAAAAAUAAUUGUCUAGUGAUUCGUUUAUUUCAAACUCAUCGGAAAUAUUGCGAUCACAAAGCAUAUUUUACCAGGUACUAUACAAAUUGAUGCCUUUCGCAAUGCUAUCGUGGCAAAGAAUGUAACUUACUUGAACUAAGCAUUAUUCAGAGUACAAGUACGCAGGAGUGUACAAAUAAGUAGCCACAUUAUAAGUUAACUUUACAUAUCAGUGUAAGAGGAUCGAAUAUAAAAGCAAGUUGUUGUUUGAAUAACUGCUUAAUUAUAAUGUUUUAUAACCUAUUUUACUCUGUGAUGUAUACAAUUUUUUAAUCAAUCAAUACUAGUAGUGGACUUGGCUAAAAUUAAGACUCGAAUAACGAAUUUACUAACUAAUGAUUGGUGCGAUUUUAAAGCAUAUUUUAAUGUAACUUCUUGAAUUUUCAUAGUGCCAGAUGAAUUUGACUAUACAAGGCCAUUUUUCGAUUAUAAGUUUUUUCGUACUAAUUUGUUUUAAUAAAUACGAUUUAUUUUCAUUUAAAGAAGAUUUGUGAAUAAUUUAUUGUGAGAUUUACGUAUGUUUUAUUUGAAGACUACAAUAUUCAUAUUUUAACAUUGAAUCAUAAAAAAAUUCACUCAUACUGUAUUCAAUGGAUUUGAGAUUUUUCGCAUUGAGUUUGUAAAUUUAAGUAUACAAUUUUUUGUAAUUGAAAAUAAGUUGUUUAUAAUAAUUUCAUGUAAGUCGAUUCAUGAUCCGGUGAGAAUUAUAUUGUUAUGAAAAAAGUUUUUUCUUUACACUCGUUAUGUACUAACUGUAAAAUAAAUGUUUUCCGAGCGUUA